AUGCCUGCUGCUACUAAUUUCUACAGUAAUACUUCCUCUUUAGCUGCCUCUCUGGCCAAGAAACUCACCGUGACACCCACACUGCCCACUCGCGUCUAUUCAACUACCUACAGCACUUGCCGUUGCGCUUUUGGGCUUAAAACAACUACCCCAUUAAGGGCAUGGGUGGUGGCACGGCCGGCGUGGUAUUGCACGGUGGCUAGUGAGCAGGAAGGGCCUGGUGUGACUGCUGCAGCCGCGGCGGCUGCUGAAGGUGUGAGGAGUAGUGGGGAUGGAGAUGAGGGAGGAAAAGAUGAAAAGAGUGAAAAGGGAGUGGAGGAAAAGGUGGCGAGGUUGAGUAGGAGGCAGAAGGGAACGGGUGGUGAUAUGGAGGGGAAUGCUGAUUUGUUGACAAUUCCUGGUGUAGGGCCGAAGAAUUUUAGGAAAUUGGUGGAGAAAGGGUUUACAGUAAUGGCUGAGCUUAAGCAGUUUUAUAAGGAUAAGUUUCUUGGAAAAUCCAGCGAGACAAUGGUUGAGUAUUUACAGAGUUCUGUUGGAAUUAUUCACAAAAAUCAUGCUGAGAGCAUAACAACUUUCAUUAAACAGAGCGUGGAUGAAGAGUUAAAGGAUAUAAAUUCAGAUGCAAGGCCAUCUAAGAAGCGAUUCACGAUUUGUGUUGAGGGAAAUAUCAGUGUUGGGAAGACAACGUUUCUUAAGAGAAUAGUUAGUGAUACAAUUGAGCUACGAGAUCUUGUUGAGGUGGUGCCUGAACCCAUUGAUAAGUGGCAGGAUGUUGGACCUGACCACUUUAAUAUACUGGAUGCUUUCUAUGCUGACCCAUCAAGGUAUGCCUAUACCUUCCAGAAUUAUGUUUUUGUCACAAGGGUUAUGCAGGAAAGAGAAUCAUCUGGUGGGUUGAAGCCACUCAGGUUGAUGGAAAGAAGUGUUUUCAGUGACAGAAUGGUCUUUGUACGAGCUGUGCAUGAGGCAAAGUGGAUGAAUGAAAUGGAGAUCAGCAUUUAUGACUCAUGGUUUGAUCCAGUUGUCUCAGUUUUGCCUGGGCUUAUUCCUGAUGCUUUUAUCUACCUUAGAGCAAGCCCUGAUACUUGCCACAAGAGAAUGAUGCUUAGGAAGAGAGAAGAAGAAGGUGGAGUCAGCCUAGAUUAUCUUCGUGAUUUGCAUGAAAAGCAUGAGAGCUGGCUUUUCCCAUUUGAAAGUGGUAAUCAUGGGGUACUUUCUGUGAGUAAGCUACCUCUAAAUCUGGAUAAUUCCCUACAUCCAGAUAUAAAAGACAGGGUGUUUUAUUUGGAAGGUGAUCAUAUGCAUUCAAGUAUUCAAAAGGUCCCUGCUUUGAUUCUUGAUUGCGAAGCCAACAUUGACUUCAGCAGGGAUGUUGAAGCUAAGGAGAACUAUGCGCGCCAAGUUGCAGAGUUCUUCAAACACGUGAAGCAAAUGCAGGAAGUUUCAUCAACAAAGGCUGGUGAAGGUGGUGUUAACCAGCGAAAUGUCUUGCUACCUCAUGAGGGUGGAUUGAUUUUACCAAAUGGAACACGCUUCCCCGAUUCCGCUCUGAAAUCCUUAGAUUUUUCUCGGACCAUGUCUCUCCUGUCUGGCCA